UCUCUCUCACUCCGCUUUUGGAAAUAUUUAAGCGGUCUGAAAAAACAUCUUAACAUUUUCCAAAUGGUGUUCCAGGCUUUUUGUCUAUGGCUAUUUCCUUUCUCUCUCUUUUUUUAUAGAUGUGCCGAGAGGUCACAAGUUGUGGGUUGAUUCGCCUUCCCUAUCCGGCAAUAUCAGUUUUCUUCUAGAUCACGGACCGAGCUGGUCCCUCUGACGUGUUUGCUGCAGAUUGUUUUGCUUUUAAGGGCUUUUUAAUGACCUUGUAAAACUAAUCUGAUUGCUUUCUUUUAUUUUUUUUAAAUCAACUGGUUAUUAGACAGAUUGGGCAGUUAAAAAGAGUGACUGGGAAAAAAGAAACAGAGUGAGUGGCCUGUUUUCCUCAGACUGUUUGCUGGACCGUGAGAGGAGUGAGCUUGGGAGUAAACCUUGGUCACAUGGAGAGGUUCUUAUCGUGACUCCACCUGGGUACGUUCUCAUCAGUGGGUGACUGCUGAAUGUUAGAGACAAGACGUGCAUGAGAAACCCUGCAUCCAGACAUGGAAAUACGCAAGAGAGGACUGAGCAAGCUGGCGAGUUACUGGGGCAUCUCUCGGGAUGAUGUGUCUGCUGAAAGUUGUGGUGAAGCAAGAGGGGGUUUAAGGGUCAGUGAAAGAGAAGACUCUGGGAGAGAUUCCCAGAAUUGGUACCGUCUGAGCAUUCCACCUCUGUGGCCUUGGCAGACUGUUGUCAUAGCAGCAGGGUUGGUAUUGGCUGUGCUGACUGGGCUGGCUCAUGCCUGGUGUGUUUACUCCAUACAUGAGAACCUGCUGUGGUUUUCUCACCUCAAGGAAGUUGAGCGUGAAAUCUCCUUUCGUACAGAAUGUGGCCUGUACUACUCGUACUAUAAACAGAUGUUGAGAGCUCCCUCCAUACAGCAAGGUCUUUCAGAGCUCAUCAAUGAUAAUGCCACUGAAUCCAAGAGAACCAUCAACCUCCUGCGACGCAUGAACAUCUAUCAGGAGGUGUUCCUAGGUGUUCUCUAUAGGAUUCUACCCAUACAGGCCUACCUGGAGCCAGUGUAUUUCUAUAUCUACACAGUGUUUUCCCUCCAAGCGGUGUAUGUCAUAGCCCUAUUCAUCACCAGCUGGCUGCUCAGUGGUUCCUGGCUAGCAGGGGCUCUCACUGGAGUCUGGUACAUCCUCAACAGAGUGGACACAACGCGGGUGGAGUUCACCAUCUCUCUCAGGGAGAACUGGUCCCUGCCCUUCUUCGCUCUCCAGAUAGCUGCCAUCACUUGCUACCUGAGGCCUCACCUCAAACCCAUCCAGCAGAAGGUGGUGUUGUGGCUGAUGUUCCUGGCCACGUUGUGUUUCUGCCUCACCUGGCAGUUUAAUCAGUUCAUCCUGCUGGUUCAGGCUCUCAUCAUCUUCACCCUGGAUUGUCUGGACCUCAUCUCCACAGAACAGGUGACCUGCCUGUACCUAGUCCAGGUAAGCAGCCUGCUGUCCGUGUGGCUGCUGCAGUUCUGUAACUCCAUGAUCCUAGGCUCUCUGGCUCUCAGCUUCAUUGUGUCCGCUCUCUUUGUCAAGCACUUCCAGAGAGGGCUGAAGACCGGAGGAGUCGCAGCGCGGCUGGGAAAGCUGCUCCUUCACACGGUCCUCGUCCUUGCGCUAACAUUCACCAUUCAUUAUUUAGCCAAGCAAGCGUUGCAGCUCCGUUCUGAUGAACACAUCUUUAAAUUCAUAAAGUUCAAAUUUGGCUUGGGCCCUACGAGAGAUUUCGAUGCCAGUCUGUACCUAUGUGAGGAAGCCUUUGGGCUGCUUCCCUUGGACACGUUUGACCGCUUGGCUGGCACUCUGCUGGCAUACCCUUACCUCGUCACCCUGAUUGUGCUCCUGGUGAUGCUGGCGCUGGUAACACUGGCCAACCUCUGUGAUUCUUCAGCGGUCGGGCGGCCGCCGAAAGGCCGAUGCGAGGCGCGGCCGAUCUGUAUGCGGGCAGAUGUCGCCUACAAUCUGUUACACACCGUCUUCUUCGGCCUCCUGGCGCUCGGCACCAUGAGAAUGAAAUAUCUGUGGACUGGCCAUAUGUGUGUCUUUGCUGCCUAUGGCGUGUGUGGCAAGGAGCUGUGGUCCCUCUGCCUGAACAUGAUCCACUGUAACACUAAAACAAAGCUGAGGCUGAUCAGGUACACGCUUCCACUUGUCAUUCUGUGUUUUCUAUAUUACAAGUUCUGGCCCAAACUGAUGACGGAAGUAUCAGAACUGAGAGAAUUCUACGACCCUGACACCGUUGAGCUGAUGACCUGGAUUAGCUCAAAGACCCCCAAGAAGGCAGUGUUUGCUGGCAGCAUGCAGCUGCUGGCUGGGAUCAAACUGUGCACAGGGAGAGUCCUGACUAAUCACCCACACUAUGAAGACCGAGAUCUGAGAGAGAGGACCAGACAGGUGUAUCAGAUCUACGCGCAGCAAUCCCCAGAGGAGGUCCACGGGAUCCUGCGCUCGGCGGGGGCCGAUUUCGUGGUGAUGGAGGACAGCGUCUGCUACGAGAGGAGGCAUGGCCGGGGCUGCAGGCUCCGAGACCUGCUGGACCUGGCCAAUGGACACAUCAUGGAUGGCCCUGGGGACAACGACCCAGACUUGGUCCACGCCUCCCACCCUCGCUUCUGUGAGUCCAUCAAGACAGACGGCCCUGCAUACACAGCCCUCUUCACCCGCGUUUUCCAAAACAAGACCUUCCACGUCUACAAGCUGAAGAGGGGCAAGAAGAGAGCCAAGGCCGACAAAGAGCCGGUGGCCAUGGAGGAUAAAAACCAGUAAUAAGACCCUGGGGACCCCAUAAACAACCCCUGCCUACCCAUAUCCAGCAGCCUGCCCCGUCUCCGACUCAGCCUCCUGCUCCCUGCCAUGUUGAUAACCUGAUGACUGCUCUGUGCUCCCUGCUCUCUGGUCUACUCAACUUCAUCUGGAACCAUGGCUGCACUCUCCCUCCCUCCUUCCACCCCUCCCUGCGCCACGGCAGCCAGAGGCAGGUAAUCACGGCCGGCUGACACGGCGCUGAUUUGAGCAGCGUCUGAUUGCGGCGGGCGAGCAGAUGAGCACAUGCAUAUCAAACCAGGGCUUUGUGUCAGGAAGCUCAUGUUUAAACAGGAGAGAUGACGGCACAUCACAACAACAUUCACGGCUCUCUCUCGCUUUCACCCAGACUAAAGGCAGAGCAGAGGAGAGGAGAGAGACCUUUGAGAGGGAGCUGAUUGAAAGAUAGAGCAGUGGGGGUAAUUAUUGCGAAGGCCAGUCUGGUCUCUUUGGUGGCUGCGUCUGCAGCCUGACUGCACAGCUGCACCCUGUGCCAUUUCCUUGUUUUUUAAACCGUGCCAUGUCUCGUCUCCACUUGUUCAUGAGGACUCCUCUUUUGAUGCUCUCUCACAGACACACAAAGUUCUGCAUAAGUUGUCUUGUUGUGGUGUAUCAAGGGGAAGUGGCGUUCUCAUUGUGAUGCAUAACAGUCCUAUCACUGUGAAGAGUAUUUGCUUGUUCAUUCCGUUGCAUUGAAAUUGGAUGUUUCAUUUAGGAGUUGGCUAAUAAAAAAAUGUACCAGGGAGAAGUUAAUUUCAUUAUGUUUGUCUAAUAAGUGCAUACUAAUGUAAUGUUUUUGAGCAUUGACAUUCUUCAUUUUCAUAUUUAUUAAUAAUUCAGUUUAGAUGCAUUGGUCAUUUAAACCGACAGUAUUUUUUUAAAUGAGCAAAUGCUAGAGCAGAUAAUUUAACUGUGUGUAUUCGCUCACAACUCAUCACCACAGAAUCAUACAGUAUUAUGUAGAAGGACUGCAUUGUGGGUAAACCAUGACCACUGGUCAAUGUUGAAUUAGGUGAAUGGUUAACAUAUUCAUGGCAACUGGUCUAUGUAGGACUGGCUAACAUACAGUGGGUAUCAGAAGUAUUCACCGCCUUGGAUUUUUUCACGUUGGUGGGUUACAAAGUGGGAUUGAAAUAGAUUUAAUUGUCAUUUUCCUGUCACGGAUUUACACAAAAUACUCAAUAACAUCAAAGUGAAAAGAAUUUAAACAAUUAAAUGACUAAAAUAAAGUUGUUGCAUAUAA